GGGCAAGUGCAUAAGGAACCCGGACAACGCCGCGCAAAGGCGGGACGCGAGGAGCCAGGCCCGCCAGGGGCUCGUCAGCCGCCGCUCGCCCUCUCUUUGCAUAUUCAUGAGUGGAGCGAGGCGGGCCGCCCCGACAAGCCGUGGGAGAGGUUGGAAUUGUUAAAAGAAUCCUGAUACGUUCCUUUAAUGGCCACUGCUCAGCUCUCUAACUCCAUCAGAAUACACAAGGCAUCUAAGGAAACAGUUUUCCCAUCCAAAAUCACUAAUGAACAUGAAUCAUUGAUAAUGGUGAAAAAACUUUUUGCUACUUCUAUCUCAUGUAUAACGUAUCUAAGGGGCCUGUUUCCAGAGAGCUCUUAUGGAGAACGCCAUUUAGAUGACCUCAGUUUAAAAAUCCUCAGAGAAGAUAAAAAAUGUCCUGGGUCAUUGCACAUAAUCAAAUGGAUUCAAGGUUGCUUUGAUGCUUUGGAAAAGAAAUACCUACACAUGGCAGUACUUACACUUUACACAAAUCCCAAGGAACCUGAGAAAGUGACUGAGAUAUAUCAGUUCAAAUUCAAAUACACAAAAGAAGGAGCCACUGUGGAUUUUGACAGCAGCAGUACAAGCUUCAAAAGUGAGACAAACAGUGAAGAUAUUAAGAAAGCCAGUGUUCUCCUGAUCCGUAAAUUGUAUAUACUUAUGCAGAACCUUGGACCUCUUCCUAAUGAUGUUAUACUCACUAUGAAACUCCACUACUAUAAUGAGGUGACCCCAUAUGAUUACCAACCCCCUGGUUUUAAAGAAGGGGUGAACUCACACUUCUUGCUGUUUGAGGGGGAGCCUGUCAACCUGCAAGUGGGAUUGGUCUCCACUGGUUUUCAUAACAUGAAAGUAAAAGUCACGACCGAGGCCACCAGAGUGUCUGAUCUGGAGAACAAUCUCUUUCAGGAGAACAGCACAACUGAGAUUGCCCAUCAGGGUCUAGACUGCGAUGAGGAAGAAGAGGAAUGCAACAAUCAGAUUCAAAGAAUGGAUUUUGUGUACAGUCAGCAGAGUUUUGAGAGCUCCAGGAAGAAGAGGAAGGUCAGCGAGCCAGUGAAAGUUUUCAUUCCUGACAGAAAAUGAAAGUUAGAUGCCUUCAUUUAUUCAUUUAUUUUUAAAUAAUUUUGAUUUUGCAACAAGCGUGCAUGAACUAUCUUAGUAGGAAAGUAAGUUCCUAUUGCCAAACCCUUUUCUUGAAUUUGUUGCUCAACUUAUUUUAGUUAAUUUACUAAAUGCUAAAUUACUGGGUAGGACAUGGGUUCACUUUGCCACAGGGAAGCAAGGUCAUCAGGGCUGCCUUGGGAUAGCAUUACUUCAAGGCUGAGUUAGAGUUGAGACUCACAUUGUACUUGUAAAAGAACCACAGCAGCAAUUUUGAAAAGAAAUACACUGUUGUUCUCAAAGGAAAGAAGGGUUUUCUUUGCAUAAUUAAACUCCCCAGGCUUUUAGACUACUGUGAAAUGUUUUAACUUGUUGUAACCUGUGUACUGGAAUCCCUUUAUAGCUUUAUUAGAAUUCCCACAGAAUUGCAUAGUACGUGUGUGGUGGUGCUGAUCCAGGUCUAAUUUAUGUGUAAUUUCAAUCACGAGGUUGAUCAGCUAAGCACUGGACCAAAAUGUACUCUCCCUGUAAAGUUCCUCAAAUCUGGCCCAAAGCCCUGUUCUGUUGGCCAAUCCAAGACAGGGAAUAUGCUGCAAUUUAGGAACCUGACUCCCUUCUUAAGGCUGACAUUGAAUGCUUCCCAACAAACAUUUGAAUUUAUCAGUCUGUAACCUGCAGAUUAUGCUAUUAGACUCCCCCUUAAUCUGGAAGAAUUUCAAUAGGCUUUAUGAUUAGUGUUAGAUGAAUAAUAAAUGACUUAAAGUGUUAUUUUUAUUAUUUAUAUAACAUGGAAUACUAUUUAUAUAACAUGGAAUUUAAAUGGAUAGGACCAAUAAAAUAAACG